AUGUUUCAUCAAAUAAUAAUACUCGCUUUAUUGAUAAUUUUUUGCAUUCAAUAUUCAUAUGCAGUUCGAUGCAAUGAUGGAACAGAUCCUUGUCAACUAUUAACGGGCAGAUUUUUCCCACCAUAUUACACGUGUUUUGAAGCUGAAAAUGAUAAUGUCAAUGUCUAUUGUACAUGUCCAGAUGGACCAACAACUCUCAAUGCACCUUGCCGUAUAUGUAAUACCGUCACUUGUGGAGUAGGUGCCACUUGUCUCGAACCGUUCACUGGCUUUGCAGGUUUAUAUUAUGCAUGUGGCUGUCGUAAUAAUACAGGAUACUAUGCAAAUCCAGGACCUUGUCCAGGUCUGUAG